UCCUCUUUAUUCACAAAGACGUACGUUUUAAAAUGUUUGAUUACCGUAAACAUUAAAUAUCAGAAUCAGAAUAUAUGCCCGUUUCCUGCCAACAUAUUCACCAUUGACACCAUUUUGAGGAUCCAAGGUAGAAGGUGGUUCAGUUAUUACAACUUCUCGAUCCUUCCGGUCUGACUUUUGACUGAGUUUCUCUUCUUGUUAUUAUUUUCUUUACAAAAAAAAAAAAAAAAAAACAUCACCUAAAGAAGAAAAAUCCGCCGGAUUAACUUCGGCAGGUGUUGAGUUACUCAAAUAUGGAUCCAGGGACCAAUUCAGAUCUCACCAUUGUCCUUCUGGGAAACACUGGAGUGGGGAAAAGUGCCUCAGGGAACACCAUCCUGGGAUGCCAGGCAUUUGAUUCAAGACCUUCCUUUAAGUCGGUGACGAAAAAUAUCACUGAAGCAACUGAAAUUGUCUUUGACAGACAGAUCUCAGUAAUUGACACUCCAGGAAUAUUUUUUGCUAAGGAUGAAAUUAGAGCUUGGUGUCAAGACCUCCUUCAGUCCUCCAGACAUUGUCUGUUUCUGGUGGCUGUCAGCGUUGGACGUUUCACUGAAGAACAAGAGAAGGCUGUGAAGGCAACUGUUGAAGUCCUUGAAGCGAUAGAUGCAUUGAAAAAGAGUGUUUUGCUUUUUACAAACGGUGAUGCAUUGACAAAGAUGUCAUUGGAAGAUUUUAUCUUUGAAGAUGAAGAAGGUUCACUUCCAGACAUUGUUAAAACAUUUGCUGGAAGGUAUCAUCUGUUCAAUAAUGUAAAUGGUGGACAGGAACAAGUCAGACAGCUGCUGAUAAAGUCAAACCACCUUCAAACCAGUGACCAAGGAUCUCAAGCUUCUACUUCUGGGGUUUCUGCCAGGCUGAAGGAAACACGGAUUGUGCUGCUCGGUAGGCCUGGAGGAGGGAAGAGUUCAUCAGGGAACACCAUCCUGGGAUCAGAGCAGUUUAAAACAGACUCUGGCUUCGAUGCAGUCAGUACCAAGAGCGUCCGCAAAUCAGCAGAGGUGGCAGGUCGCUGUGUCACAGUGGUGGACACUCCUGGAUUCUCUGAUGAAGUUCUGACUCCUGAACAGCUGUACAUGGAGAUCAUGAGGUCAAUCGUAGAGGCCAGUCCAGGACCACAUGCCUUUGUCAUUGUGGUAAGGGUUGGCCGGAUGUCCAGAGCGGACUGUGAGCUGCUUCAGCUUCUACCAAAAUUAUUUGACAGUGAUGCACUAAACUAUGCAAUGGUGCUUUUUACUUGUGGAGAUGAGCUUGGAGGUCAGUCCAUUGAUGAGAAGAUCCAGUCUAGUCGCUCUAUUAAAGAACUGAUCUCUAUGUGUGAUGGUAGAUACUGUGUGUUUGACAACAGAGGCAGAAAGAGCAGACAGCAGGUUCAGAACUUCAUGAAUACAAUCGAUGACAUGGUCACAGCUAACAGAGGAAAGAACUACACCUCUGACAUGUUUGAGAUGGCCUAUACAUUCCUUGUUGAAGCUGAAAGAGACCAGCAAGGCCAGACAACUGGAACUAAUGAGACACCACAUGAAUCUGUAUGGAGACAAGUGAAGCGUUUCCUUGCAAGGUCUUGGUUGGCAAACUCUUGUUGUUUCACAGCAUGCUGCAUUGGUAGACCGCACACCUUAUCAGAUGAUGAAAGUGUGCCAUUUGCAUCCACUCCUGCGGGAACGUACCAAGUAUAAUCACGGAUUCAGCAAUUGCUUGAGAAGCUCAAACAUCCACAGGGAAGUCAGGUGUGAGGUGAUCUUAUCAAGAAUAGUAACACUGUAAAGCAAGAUAAAUAGAAAAACAUUUUCUAAAAGCGUUUCAGAUGAGCUUCUAAUGUGAGAGAGUGUGUCAUCUGUUUAAUGUUAUAAGGCAGGGGUCACCAACCUUUUUGAAACUGAGAGCCAUUUCAUGGGUACUGAGUCAAACAAAAGGCUACCGGUUUGAUACACUCUUCUGAAAUAACAAAUUUACUCACUUUGCCUUCAGUUAUAUAUAUGAUUAUUAAUGAUUAAUGGAAACAUAUUCUAAUCCUGGUCUCCUAUGUAUCUUAAAAAAACAAAACAAAACAAAACUUUUACAGUGCCUUGCAAAAGUAUUCACCCCCUUGAACUUUUCCACAUUUUAACCACAAAUGUAAAUGUAUUUUAUUGGGAUUUUAUGUAAUAGACCAACACAAAGUGGUGCAUAACUGUGAAAUGGCAAGAAAAUGAUGCAUGGUUAUACAUUUUGUAUUUAUUUUUUUUUACAAAUAAAACCAGAAAAGUGUGGCGUGCAAAAGAAUUAAGCUCCCCUGAGUCAACACUCUGUAAAACCACCUUUCGCUGCAAUGACAGCUGCAAGUCUUUUGGGGUAUGUCUCUACCAGCGAUGCACAUAUAGAGACCAAAAUAUUUACCCAUUCUUCCUUGCAUUGAGAGUGUCUGUGAACAGCAAUUUUCAAGUCUUGCCAGAGAUUCUCAAGUUGAUUUAGGUCUGGACUUUGACUGGGCCAUUUGAUUUAAACCAUUCCAUUGUAGCUCUGGCUGUAUGUUUAGGCUCAUUGUCCUGCUGGAAGGUGAACCUCCGCCCCAGUCUCAAGUCUUUUGCAGGUUGUCUUCCGCGAUUGUCCUGUUUUUGGCUCAAUCCAUCUUCCCAUCAACUCUGACCAGCGUCCCUGUCCCUGCUGAAGAAAAGCAUCCCCACAGCAUGAUGCUGCCACCACCCUGUUUUGCAGUGGGGAUGGUGUGUUCAGGGUGAUGUGCAGUGUUAACUUUCUGCCACACAUAGUGUUUUGCAUUGAGGCCAAAAACGUCAGAUUUGAACUCAUCUGACCAGAGCACCUUCCUCCACAUGUUUGUGUGACCCCUCUGGGCCUUCUAGGUAUUCAGUGAAGGGUUAGGUAAAUAUC